AUGUUGAAGAGACAUCACAGCAAUAUCUCCGAGGUGGAUCGAGCAGCUUUCAAUGAGGAGAAGAUCUUGCCUCUGCAGAACCAGGAGAUGCAGAAGAUUCGGGUGAAGAUCGAAGGCUUCAGGGAGGAUGUGCGCAGCUUCCGCGCGGAGUUUUUGGAUCGUUGUCCUUUGGAAGAGAGCAAGAGGGGUUCUGUUUUUGUGAUUCUCCAAGGUGAGAAUGCAGUGACUGGCAACUAUGACAAGAGCCUGGUUCUCAGCACUGAGCACUUUAGCUUGAGGCGAUGCCCAGCAAGAAUGGAUUCCAGCCACGAAACAUUGAAAGAUGCUGAUGACAAAAGAUCACACAUUGAUGCUGACAAUUGA